GCAAGCUCCUUCCCAAUCACCUCCACGAGCUCAUCCUCAAUCCCCUCGUGCAUCCACUUCUCCCCCAAUCCCCAUCAUUUCUUUGCUGCUGCUGUCAAUCUCGAGCCGCUGCUCAGCCCUCCGCUCCGCGACUUUUUCUCCUCACCGCCGCCAAGCCGUGCGAGGCGGCCAGACUCCGCCGUGCAUCCUCCUUCGUCAAUUUCCCCGGCGUUGGAUUUGGUGGUCUUCCGUGGUGUCCUCGUCCCCUCCCCUGGCUGCGCUUGCUCCGCCUCGAUGUGCCAGCGCUUGACCUCCACGGCUGCUCGUUUUCUUCAGGAUUCGGUAGGAGGAGAGCUGGCCGCAGAGAUGGGAGAGGUGGUCGAGCCAUCGGGGGCCUUGUCUGCAUCUUCUCCCUGGCCGCCGGAUUCGGCCGCGAGGAAACGGACAGAGAGUCAUUUCCUUAAUGUGGAAGAUGGCAUCGAUCUUUCCAUGCAACAAAUACUCACGUCGGCCAUUGGAUUGGAUCAUCUGCUACUCAGCAACCUCAGGAUCUCGAGUUCGUCCAGUUCCGUCCUACAGUCAUAUAUGGUGCUGGAUGCCUCAUCACAGGAAGUUUUACAACAGUUUGGCUCACAGAUCAACUUCAGGUCCACAUAUCCUCACUGCUUUUUCCCCACUUCCACGCCUAUAGCAGAGGAACCUAAUAAUGGAACUGAACUAUGAAAAAAGUUUGAAUUGUUUUUAAGAGAAUAACUUUAAGUAGAAAAAAAACUGUUUUUUAUGGAAUGAUGUUGGUAAUUU